GAUUUUAAUUUAAGGUUAAAUCCGAGUUGGGACGCUUCAGGACCCAGCCAUAACCAGAAUAAUAGUUUGAGUAAAAAAAUGAGAGAGAGAGAACUGUUUGGUCAAAGUUGCAAAGUCAAUGACGUGCUGACGUAUUGCGGUAAGCGAGUUGUGUCAUUUCCGGUGUUUCUGUGACAGUGAUUCUGUACUGCUCUGGUGAAUUCCACUUGCCUGCUUUCUCACCUCAGUUGCUUUAACGCUGCUUUUACGUCUACUUCAAGUCAUAACCCACACUGGUUCUGUUUAAGCACCUAUAGCUCUCCUCCUUUCUACGACUUUCUCGCUAAUCUCUUAGCUGUUGUUUGCACGCUCUUAGCCUUGUUAGCUACAUUAGCUUAGCCAUGGCUUCUCCUUCUCCUGCUCUUUCUUGCCCGGUGUGUCAAAUGUUCAGUUAUGCCUCUGCCUCCUUUAGCGACAGUGGUAAUUGUAACAAGUGUAGCUUAUUUGCUGCGUUGGAGGCGAGGCUUAGUGAAUUAGAAGCGCGGCUCCGCACCAUGGAAAACCAUUCAGCAACUGUGGUAGUUAGCCAGUCCCCUGUAGCUGGUGCAGAGCCACAUAGCAUAGCCUUAGCCUCUGCUAACUGUCCUCCGGUAACUCCCGUUCAGCCCGGAGGUUGGGUCACGGUCCGCCAGAAGCACAGCUCCAAGCCGAAGCCCACGGCUCACCACCAGCCUGUUCACGUUUCCAUACGCUUUUCCCCACUCAGCGACACACCCGCUGAGGAUAAAACUCUGGUUAUUGGCAGCUCUAUUCUGAGAAACGUGAAGUUAGCAACACCAGCGGCCAUAGUCAAAUGUAUCCCUGGGGCCAGAGCGGGCGACACUGAAUCAAAUUUAAAGCUGCUGGCUAAAGCUAAACGUAGAUUCAGUAAGAUUGUUAUUCACGUCGGCGGCAAUGACACCCGGUUACGCCAAUCGGAGGUCACUAAAAUUAAUAUUGCUUCGGUGUGUGAAUAUGCAAAACGAUGUCGGACUCGUAGUUUUCUCUGGACCCUCCCAAAUCUGACCAGUGAUGACAUGUUUAGCUGCAUGUCAUCAUUUAACCGCUGGCUGUCCAGGUGGUGUCCAGCAAACGAUGUGGGUUUCGUUAAUAAUUGGCAAACUUUCUGGGAAAACCUGGUCUUAUUAGGAGACGGCAUUCAUCCCACUUUGGAUGGAGCUGCUCUCAUUUCUAGGAACCUGGCAAACUUUAUUAGUAAUUUAAAUCCCUGACAACCCAGAGUUGAGACCAGGACUCGGAGACGCAGUCCUAAACGCCUCUCUGAGCUUCUAGUUCAGUUACCCAGCCAUAGUUUUAAUAGUUUUAUACAAACGGUGUCUGUCCCCCGACCGCCUAAAUUAUCUAAAUCUAAAAUUAAACAAAGAGGAGUUGUGCAUACCAACCUCAUAAAAAUUAAAACCUCUUCUGUGACAGAAAGACAAAACAGGAGAAUUAAAUGCGGACUGUUGAAUAUCAGGUCUCUAUCGUCUAAAGCAGUGUUAGUAAACGAAUUAAUAUCAGAUAAUCAUAUUGAUUUACUCAGUCUCACUGAAACCUGGCUGUGUCAAGAUGAAUAUGUCAGUCUAAAUGAGUCCACUCCUCCCAGUCAUAAUAAUACCCACAUUCCUCGAGGCAGCGGCCGAGGAGGGGGAGUUGCAGCCAUUUUUAACUCUAGCCUGUUAAUGAGCCCUAAACCUAAACUAGAUUAUAAUUCAUUUGAAAGCCUCGUUCUUAGUCUUUUACAUCCGACCUGGAAAACCUCGCAGCCACUUUUAUUUGUUAUAGUGUACUGUGCUCCUGGCCCGUAUUCUGAAUUUUUAUCUGAAUUCUCAGAGUUUUUAUCCAGUUUAGUUCUUAAGUCAGAUAAAGUUAUUAUUGUAGGCAAUUUUAACAUUCAUGUCGACGUUGAUAAUGACUCCCUGGCUACCGCGUUUAUCUCAUUAUUAGACUCCAUUGGCUUCAGUCAGGGUGUACAUGAACCUACUCAUUGUUUUAACCAUACCCUCGAUCUAGUUCUGACGUAUGGAAUUGAAAUUGAUAACCUAAAAGUCUUUCCACA